AGUUUAUUUACGUCAGGAACAUAACAGCUGACUCAUCCAAGCAGAAGCAUUAUUAUUCAAAAGUUGUUAGAACUUAUUAACCUCUACAACAGUGUACGUUUCUCUAUACGAGGUUAUGUAUAGUUCUGUCAGAGAAGACAAUGUAUCAUAAUGAAAGUCCUUUUGUGAUUGUGUUAUAUUUUUAAUGUUUUUGACUGUCUUUUCGUCAUUUCUAAAGUUAUAUGUGCUAUGUAAUUUAUUUAUCCAUACCAAUUGAAUGAAAACUGUGAUAUCAAACUACCCUAAUAACACUCAAGAAGAGUUUACCAUGGUCUAGUUUGUGAAAUUAAAGACUAACAGAUUGGUUCUAACUAUUUUUAAAAUUAGUUGUGUUUGAUAUUUUAGCCUAGGAUAUUAUUGGAAGAAGACAUGCGUCCAGGAAACAGAAGACAACCUAGGUUGGAAUUAGGAGUGAUCUUGUUGCUUUCAGAAAUGUUUAAUAUGGGUUUUGGCACAAUCCCAAGAGUUACUCUGUUUACAAUCCUAGGACAGGUUCUCUUGUACUUGGGAGUGAUAAAUGUUCCUUGGUCCAAGUGGGACGUCUGUAUCAGUGGCGAUGCGGUCCUAAGAACUAAGGACUACAGACGUUUCAUACUCUCCACAUUUGAACAUGGGGAUGACAUGCAUCUGUAUUACAACAUGAUAUCAUUCAUCAUCAAAGGGCGAACAUUAGAAAAUAGAUACGGGAGUUCCAAUUUUGCAGUGUUGCUGGCUUUUUUAGUGGUGAUAACUAACAGCUUUUACAUUGCACUGGCUAAGUUUGGGAGUGAGUUUUUAGAAGAUUACUCAAUGAUGAGAUCCUGUGCUAUUGGAUUUUCAGGUGUGCUGUUUGCCCUGAAAGUAAUAACAACAGCAGAAACAGCACCUGGCACCGCCUACAUCAUGGGACUGCCCAUGCCAUCCAAGUACGCUGCCUGGGCAGAAUUGCUGAUCAUCCACUUGAUGGUGCCCAAUGCCUCAUUCAUGGGUCACCUGGCUGGUAUACUUGCAGGCUGCCUCUACACCAGCACUUUUAUUGGCAAAGUAAUUGAUUCGAUCAUCUCCAAUAUAACAGGGUGGCCAAUUUUCCAUGAGCAUCAGUCCAGGUUCACUCCUCCCAGCUCCAGUUCCUACAGCAACAAUUAUGACUCACAGGGUUUCAGAGCAGGUGCAUAUGGUUCACAAUUUGGUAAUAGUGGAUUCAACGGCUUCGGUCCCAACAUAUUUCAAAGGACAUAUACAACAAGAGAGCAAGAGUAUGGGUGGCGUUACUAAAUUUUAGUGUGAAGUUAAAAAUUAACAUGUGGUCUUAAGAUUGUUGUUAACAAGUGUAAUUAUUGUAAAUAAUUGGAAUAUUUAUAUAGAUUUUAUAAGUUACCAUAAAGUAAAUAACUGUUUUAUAUUUUUC